GUCAAUACUUAAAUCACUAAGAACACAUUGAAGGUGCAGAACAAAGAUCACUAAAAGCAAUGUCGUCUACGCGACAUUUUAAGUCUGGACCUACAUGUUCCUUGUGUAGAAGCCUUUUGAUAUAUCCAAAAGGACUGCGUUGCAAACACGCGUGUUGCCCAAAAUGUUUAAGAGAUCAAAGAGGAUAUUUUAACUUCCCGGAAUGUGGUUUUGAAUGCAUUGCAGUACAAAGAGGGUUACUGAGUGACAAGAAUGCUGCUUCAGAUGAAUCAACAUCUGUUAAAAGAGGAGAUACUGAAACAGCUUCGAAUGGUGCUCCAAGUGAAUUCACAUCUGUUAAAAAGGGGGAUAUGGACACAACCCCUAAUGUUGCUCCUGCCACACCACGGUCCGUCCCAAAAAACGUAAUAGAGGGCCCUGCGUCAGCCACGGUCAACGUUAUAGGCAUCCCUGAUGUCAACAAACUAUUGAACAAAAUAAAGGCUGAUGCCUAUACAAGACGGGCGUUUGAAGAUGACAGACGAAAGAAGGAACAGAAAAGAAGAGUAAGGGAAGAUGAAAAAAGGUUCGAAGAGGAUCAACCCAAACCAAAGUCAAAACAAGAUGAGAGAAGUCAGGCGAUAUCCUGCUUCGGCAAAGCUAAGGAAGUUAUUAUACCUGAUCAAAUAGAAUAUGCCAUAGUUGAAAGGAGAAAAGCGGAGGAUAAAUUACGAAAGGAAGAAGAUGGCAGGAGAAUUAAGGAAGACAAGAAGCGACAAGAGGAAGAUAAAAUGUGGUCAGAAUUGGAUAACCUUUUGAAAAAUAUAACAACGAUGGGGCUAACAUACGAUGAGAUCAUCAAAAAGAUAUGUUUAUAUGUCGAUGAGCAUUACAAAAACCUAUGUAAACAGGAAAAUGAAUUAGCAAUGAAAUUGCAAAAUUUAAGAAUGGUAAACAAACAUCAUGCUGGCCAUAAAGAAAGCUCACACGAUCCAAAGAAGGAAUGGAAAGAUGGGAAUAGGAAGCAUGUUGAGCUUCUACGACAAAUAGGUAACAUUCAUCGUGAAAUGGGGAACCUUAAAAACCCAAUUGAAUUUGUGAAAUCGAUUGCAAUCUAUGAAUGUGCUUUGGUUCACUGUCAAGACAUAGAUGAUGAGAUGGAUGCGAGAUCAGACAUUUACAAUGACAGCAUGAGAGAUGAAGCGUUGAAGUUGCAAAGGGAAAAGAGACAAACACUGGACGACUUCUUUCAGCAGUGUACCGAGAAAGAUACACCUAUGCCGGAUAAAUAUUUUGAAGAUGACCGGGCUAACAAAGAGAAGCUGCAAGAUAUAAGAUCUAAACUUCAACAAAAGAUCUUGUCCGUAGAUGACAAACCACAUUUGUACAAUUGUUAUGAACAGGGGCUUGAUAAAGAAGAACGGGUAAUUCGUGAAGCAGCCCGUAUACGCAAAAAUGGCGAAAUAUUUGAAUGGAUCCAGAAUGAAAUGAAAUACUUUAUGGCUACCUUAAUUACCCAAUGUCAGGAUUUGCUCAAUUUUCAUAAAACUGACUUCGCCUUCAUAGCAUUUGGUUCACUAUCGAGAAAAGAGACGACGCCAUAUUCAGAUGUAGAAUUUGGGGCAGUUCAGAAUUCAGACAAUCCCGAUAUGGAUCCGAUGUACAGGAAAUGUUUGGAACAUCUUCUCAUGACUUUGCAUCUAAAGUUACUUUCAUUUGGUGAAACGGUUCUCCCUGCUAUGGACAUAACUUCGUUGAAUGAGUCUGACCUGAAUGAUCCAACAAAGGAUUGGUACUUAGAUUUCAG